CAUUGUUUUUAUCAAUCUAUCAACCUUGUGCUCAAUAAUUAUACGCAAGAUGGUUUCGAUCUGAAACAAGAUUAUAAAGGAAAUCGCGUUGUUUUCUAUUUUCUCAAUGUACUUUUUUAUUAUUAUUAAUUCAAUAUGAACACUCGUUAUCAAGUAUUUGAAUUUUCUGUUGAAGCUCGCCAAGUUCAAGAAGUAGUGGCAUCUAUUUUUCAUACCAUUUUAUUUCAUAGAACAUUAGGAAAGUGUAACUUCAAAAAUGAGGGCAAUAGCUAUACUGUCAGUACUCUAGAUUUUGAAGACGUUGCUUGUGAUUUCGUUGAUUUUACUUAUGUUCGAUGUGCUUCUGACGAUAUGAAUCGUUAUGUCACUUCAGAGAUAAAUUCAUUUUGUGCAGCUUUAAGAAGUCAAGAAGGUCCAUAUAGUGGACAAAUCUCUCUUGAAUUUUAUCAAAAGAAAAGAGGUAGAUGGGCUGCUGUCUUUACUCAAGAAUUUUCAUCAUGGGAGGUGUGGACUUUAAAAGUGAAUGUUAUUUGUCUACCCAAUGAACAUGAGCGCCAAAUUUACAGAAAGAAAAUCCGUGACUUACUUGCUGAAAAAGUAUUUGAUAUUGUAUCUGCCAUGAAUAAGUAUGAUUAUGUGCCAAAGAUACCUGGCCAAGCAGAUAUAGACUUAUAUUUUGAUACUUCCUAUAGUGAUGUACAGCCCUAUUUAUUCAGAAUAAAUCAUGAAACAUCUGGACCAACAAAUCCUUCUGUAGGAACAGCUGUUAGAAGAUUAAUUAAAGAUACAUUGGCUCUAUAAGAUAAAUAACUAACUUCUCUUCUGUUCCUACCACGCAUUGAAAAAUCUUUUUGCUUCAUAGUGAGAAUGUUUUAGAGAUUUCUCAAAGCCAGAUGUUUCCUCUAAGAAUGAAACUUGCUCACCAUGAACGAAAGAAAUCACAUAAGAAAUAUUAUCAUUUUAAAUAUCUGCUUCCUUUUGCACGAUGUCUAUAAACAUAAUUCACAUUUUUUACCCAUAUUGUUUUCUAUGUGUGUAAUUUUAUUGCUUAGAUUUUUUAUGUAUAUAUUUAAAGUUUUUUACUAAAAUAAAAAAAAAUCAAAUUA